GCUCACCGUCGGAAGCUGCGGGAGCUGAAACUGCGCCAUCGUCACUGUCGGCGGCCAUGAUACCUCUCGUCUCCCGCCUGAGUCGUCAGUGGGUACGCUGGACUUGCGCUCCGUCUCCUGGCGCGGUUCAGGUAUCUAUUGUGUACAGUUUACCUGGCACUGACUUUGGACACACACCAGUCAACAAAAGAGAAUCAGUCCUUGGCACUCAAGUCGUUUUUUACAGUCAAGUUCAGGAAGUACACACUGAUGGAAAGGAUCAAAGUAAUAUGAAAUUACAUUAGGUAAGAGCUACAAGGCAGAAAUAUGUGAUAGGUUAAGAUGAGGGGACCUGAUUUGGACAUUUCAGUCAAGACUUGAAAAAUGAUUAGAUGUUAGGUAAAACAUAAAAGAAUCCAAACAGAGGAAAUGGAUUAUGUGAGGCCCCAAGGUGGGCAGACACACUUGAGGUGUUUAAGCAACUAAAUUCAGUCAACCUUGGCUAGAGCAUAGUGAGGGGAUGAGGCGGAUGGUGCCCGGAUCACUGGACCUGCAAGGCUGUAGUAAGAAGACUGCCUUCUAAGAGCAAGGGUGUGGCAGCCAAAUCCCUCCAAUGGCCUGUAAGGCCAUCAUGAGGAAGCCACGAGCAGCCGUGGGAAGUGGUCACAGGAAGCAGGCAGCCAGCCAGGAAGGGAGGCAGAAGCGUGCUAAGAACAACAGUCAGGCCAAGCCUUCUGCCUGUGAUGCAGGUCUGGCCAGGCAGCCGGAAGAGGUGGUAUUGCAGGCUUCUGUCUCCUCAUACCAUGUAUUCAGAGACUUAGCUGAAGUCACAGCCUUCCGAGGGAGCCUGCUAAGCUGGUACGACCAAGAGAAACGGGACCUACCAUGGAGAAGACGGGCAGAAGAUGAGGUGGACCUGGACAGGCGGGCAUAUGCUGUGUGGGUCUCAGAGGUCAUGCUGCAGCAGACCCAGGUUGCCACUGUGAUCAACUACUAUACCGGAUGGAUGAAGAAGUGGCCUACACUGCAGGACCUGGCCAGUGCUUCCCUGGAGGAGGUGAAUCAACUCUGGGCUGGCCUGGGCUACUAUUCUCGUGGCCGGCGGCUGCAGGAGGGAGCUCGGAAGGUGGUAGAGGAGCUAGGGGGCCACAUGCCACAUACAGCAGAGACCCUGCAGCAGUUCCUGCCUGGCGUGGGGCGCUACACAGCUGGGGCCAUUGCCUCUAUCGCCUUUGGCCAGGCAACCGGUGUGGUGGAUGGCAACGUAGCACGGGUGCUGUGCCGUGUUCGAGCCAUUGGUGCUGAUCCCAACAGCACCCUUGUCUCCCAGCAGCUCUGGGGUCUAGCCCAGCAGCUGGUGGACCCAGCCCGGCCGGGAGAUUUCAACCAAGCAGCCAUGGAGCUAGGUGCCACAGUGUGUACCCCACAGCGCCCACUGUGCAGCCAGUGCCCUGUGGAGAGCCUGUGCCGAGCACGCCAGAGAGUGGAGCGGGAACGGCUCUUAGCCUCACGGAGCCUGUCGAGCAGUCCUGACGUGGAGGAGUGUGCUGCCAACACUGGACAGUGCCACCUGUGCCUGCCUCCCUCGGAGCCCUGGGACCAGACCCUGGGAGUGGUCAACUUCCCCAGAAAGGCCAGCCGCAAGCCCCCCAGGGAGGAGAGCUCUGCCACCUGUGUUCUGGAACAGCCUGGGGCCCUUGGGGCCCAAAUUCUGCUGGUGCAGAGGCCCAACUCAGGUCUGCUGGCAGGACUGUGGGAGUUCCCGUCCGUGACUUGGGAGCCCUCAGAACAGCUUCAGCGCAAGGCCCUGCUGCAGGAACUACAGCGUUGGGCUGGGCCCCUCCCAGCCACGCGCCUCCGGCACCUUGGGGAGGUUGUCCACACCUUCUCUCACAUCAAGCUGACAUAUCAAGUAUAUGGGCUGGCCUUGGAAGGGCAGACCCCAGUAACCACCGUACCACCAGGCGCUCGCUGGCUGACCCAGGAGGAAUUUCACACCGCGGCUGUUUCCACUGCCAUGAAAAAGGUUUUCCGUGUGUAUCAGGGCCAACAGCCAGGGACCUGCAUGGGUUCCAAAAGGUCCCAGGUGUCCUCUCCGUGCAGUCGGAAAAAGCCCCGCAUGGGCCAGCAAGUCCUGGAUAAUUUCUUUCGGUCUCACAUCUCCACUGAUGGACACAGUCUCAACAGUGCAGCCCAGUGACACCUCUGAAAGCCCCCAUUCCCUGAGAAUCCUGUUGUCAGUAAAGUGCUUAUUUUUGUAGUUA